UGUGAUCGUAAGAGUUAGAGAUCUGAAACUUGGUUGAUAAAAACUGUCUGUGCAAACUCGUACAAACAGGCACAUCUUUAAAAACGGUUGCAUCGAAAGUUUUCUUGACUGAAUAGGCACAGAAAAGUGGUGCCUAUCAAAGAGUAAAUACCAUAUAACUAAACAAUGAUCUGGCUUAGCUCGAGAAGUAUUCACCAAUAAUAUAAAAAUAUCAAACCUUUUCAUCAUUACUAAAUAAUAAAAGGUCAUCUUACUUUUCCUCAACCAAACUUGGAUUGAGCUAUGAUGAACGCUAUUGGAAAGUUCAUUUCAUUUACUUUCUAAUGUUGUAUAAACAACAUCAAAAUUACUCGACUCAAUUACUAAUGAGAACCAGAGUCGUCUUUUCCUAGCUUAAACAUAUAAUGAUAUUUGAAUCAACAAUUAAAUCUCACUAAUUGUCUUUGCUAGACAGAUUUAACUGUACUUUGAUCUUAGCCAUGUAAUGAUCUUUGAUUAUGACUCAAAAAGGAUAAUUUGAUCUGCUUCUCUGUUUCAUGCUCAUAAACGUUUUUCUUAUUAAUGAUUAACAUAAAAAAUUAACAACAUCUAGUCCAGUCUUGUGGUUUGCACUGGGAACUCUCAGUCUGAAAGUAACAUUUUUGUUUCUCUCUUGUUGUGUUCCUUGUUAUUUAACACGAAGUAUUAGUAAUAGUUUCCUAAGCCCAUUAUUCACUAUGAGUCGUAUUAUUUCAACCCUUACUGUACGAAAGGCAAACAGUCGAUGAAAUAUCCAUGUCUAAUCUGUGCUAAACCUCUCAUUUUUUUGUUAAAGAAGUUCCAUCAAAUUUGAUUCAGUGAUUAAAAUAAAUAAUGUUGACUCCAAAUUCAAUCCAAGAACCUCCAGGAUAUCUUGUUGAUCCUCCAAUCGAAAGACCAUCAAAUCUUUUGGUUCAACCUCAACCAGCUACACACUUGGUGCAACCAUUUCAUUCUGAGCUUUAUUAUGGAGCAAAACUACCAUUGACCAAUCCUGAUGGUUGGCAGUCGGGUCAUCCAGUGCCUUUUAUUCCACUAGGAUUAGAAUACUUGACCCAAAUUGAUCAAAUUCUCGUCCAACAGAGAGUUGACAUUUGUGAGAACAGAUAUCAUAUUAAAAACAUAAUGGGCCAGGAAAUAUUCAAUGCUAUUGAAGAUACCACUUUUUGUACCAGGUUUUUCGGUGGAUCUAAUAGACCAUUUAUUAUGAAAAUUACCGAUAACGAGGAGCGAGAAGUUAUAAAUCUCUACCGGCCUUUGAAAUGUGAAAACUGUUGUUUCCCUUGUUGUCUCCAAAUUAUGCAAGUUACUGCUUCUGGAGUCAUUUGUGGUUACAUUGAACAAACUUGGAGUCUUUGGCAACGUAAUUUCAAAGUUUGUGAUUCUUCUGGCGAAACAGUUUUACGAAUUAAAGGGUCAUCUAACAACUUUUCUUGCUGCAGUGAUGUUAAAUUUAAAGUAUUAACAAGAGAUGGUAAAAUUGAAGUUGGUUGCAUUACUAAACAAUGGUCUGGUUUAGCUCAAGAAUUAUUCGGCAACAUUAACCAUUUCGGCAUUUCAUUUCCAAUGGAUUUAGAUGUUAAAAUUAAAGCCGUAUUAUUGGGAGCUUGCUUUUUAAUUGAUUUCAUGUAUUUUGAAAUUAAAUAUUAAUCCUGUAGACAGACGAUUUGAAUAAAAUGAGAUUGGAUAUAAUUCCGUUUCAAUGAAGAGACCUUUUUUUUCAACGCAAUGUGAUUCCGGAUAUUUAUAUUGGUGUAAACGUUGAAAAUUAGAUGCGACCAAACAUUUAUGAAUAACAACUAAUAUGAAGGCUUUCUCGGUAGUCAAGAUUGAUUCACAUUUCAUUGGUGAUGUGUUAGAGUUGAGUUUCUUGCAGUUGGAUAUUUGCCAUUAUACGUAUCAUGUGUAUUAUUUCAUACAAAACCAAAUAAAUUUAAACUUCUAUCAAUUUA